UUUGUGACAACGUUCCGACCUGCGCGACUGUAAAGUCGCUGUAUAGGUAGCUGUUCAAUGGAUCUUCCAUGUCCUGAGUGGCAGUCUCGGAUGUCCAGGCGCUGGGAAUCCCUAUCCGCAAAAAGUAAGCGACACUUAAGUGAACUUACACAGCUCGAAGAUCUACUGGAAGAGACGUGCCGUUUGCUGAACCAAGAAGACACCGUGUUUCUUUUAGACCUAUCAAAGAAGUAUGAUGUGCAGAAAGAUCCAACUGUUGCCAAUCACUUCAGGGAGCAGGGGAACAGCAGCUUCAGGAAGAGAGAUUAUGCCCAGGCCAUGUUUUUUUAUUCUAAGGGAACACGUUUUGCCAGUGCAGGUAGUGAAACUCUAGCACUCUGCUUUGCAAACCGUUCUGCUUGUCUUUUUUAUCUACAGCAGUACCAGGAGUGCCUGACCGACAUAAGAAGAGCAUUGGAUUCUGGAUACCCCAAACAUCUGGAGCCUAAGCUUUUAAGACGUAGAGAGGAGUGUAUCUUAAAAUUGUCUGAAAGUGCUAGCAAAAACAGUGAAUCCACUCAUCAAGUCAGUGGACCAAAUCUAUGUGAUCCAAACACUUUAAACAGAUGCAAACAAGAGGGCUCCAACUUAAACAAGGCCGAAUUAAUUCCUUGUUGUUCUGCAGCUAUUAGUCUUCAGUUUAACUCAGAAAAAGGGCGCCACUUGGUGGCAAAGCAAGAUAUUGCAGCAGGAGAAGUGAUUUUGGAAGAAAGGGCCUUUGCUUGUGUCCUUAUUAAUGAAGAAAACACCAAAACAGGUUCUGAAAAUUCUGCUCUGAUGGCAAGUACCCAGGAUUGGUAUUGCCAUCAUUGCCUAUGCAAAGUUACCACACCUGUGCCUUGUCAUGGAUGUAGUUAUGCAUGUUACUGUACAGAGAUAUGUAAGGAUCAGGCUUGGAAAGAAUACCACAUCACAGAGUGCCCUAUCAGUGGGAUGCUACUUGGUUUGGGCAUUUUUACACACUUGGCCUUCAGGUUAGCACUAAAAGCUGAGAUGGAGCAUACCAAAGAGAGCCAGGAAAGGACAAGAUUAAAAGAGGUUGGAUGCUUGAAGGAGAAUGAGUUAUAUUGCCCUGUGAAGGGAACAUGUAAAGGACUGGAUCAAGGUGUUCAAACUUCAAAGAUGGACAGAACUUGCAGCGGUGAUAACAAGGAGCUUGUAAGCAUUGACACGCCUUUAGUAAUUCCGGGCUGUGAUUUGUCAGGUUGCUACCAAGGCUCCUACAGCUCAGUUUAUAGCUUACUUCUCCACUUUGAGAAACACACACCCCAAAUGCGAUUUCUUUAUGCCAUAACAGUGACUCUGCUAUGGCAAAUACUGAAAGAAGGUGGACAGCUGCCAGACUGCUGGAGUUCCUUUUCAAAGAAAGUUAGCAACGAGACCCAAAAAAGCAUGUGGUCCUAUCCACAGUUUAGUGUGAUAGGUGUGAUGUUGCUCAGGCACAUGCUGCAGAUGAAAUGCAAUGCUCAAGCUGUAACUACAGUGUCUAAAUUCACAGGUAUAAGUAUUUCUUCUGUAGAAUCUCAGGUGCAAACCCGUGUUGCUACAGGAAUAUUCCCCACUGUAAGUCUGAUGAAUCAUUCCUGUGACCCCAACACCAGUAUCACCUUCCAGAAAAACAUCAUCACUGUCCGAACAACUCGGCCCUUAAAAGCAGGAGAGGAAUUACUCCACUGCUAUGGUCCGCAUCGCAGUCGCAUGAAUGUUUUUGAAAGGCAACAUCUCCUGGAAGAGCAGUACUUCUUCCAGUGUCAAUGCAAGUCAUGCAAAGAAGAGAAGUCAGAACUCAGCGGCAAUCUGAAUCCUGGUGGUCUUUUUGGGAUCCAGUGCAGUCAGUGUGGUUCAUCUCUUAUGUCUGCCAAUAAAGAUGGGGAAGAGUAUUGCUGUUCCAAGAAAUCAUGUGGACACUCUGUAUCUCAACAAGAGAUUCUGAAGCAGGUGGAGGGGAUAAGGAAGGGCAUCCAAAGAGCAGUGUUGCUGAUUGAAACAGGCCAACAAGAUCAGGCUCGGAGCAUCUUGCAAAAAUGUCAGAGAGAAGCAUGGAAAAUUCUGAUUCCUACUCACCCUAUGCAAGGAGAGAUUGAGGACUGCAUAGCACGUGUAUUUGCUGUCAUGGAGAGGUGGGAUGACGCAGCAACUCAUCUUAGCCGCAGCAUUGAACUAGUCCGUAACCAGUAUGGCAAGAACAGCUUGGAAUUGGGACAUCAACUGUUCAAACUGGCACAGCUGCAAUUCAAUGGCUGUGUCUUGCCACAGGCUCUCUCGACCAUCUCUGAAGCAGAGCAAAUCCUUACUCUACACUGUGGGCCCAACUUCGAGUUGGUACAGGAACUGCAGGAAAUGUCGCGGUGUCUCCAGGAUGCAGUAAAAUCGCAACAAUGUUUCAAAGAAUACAACUGAGAAUUUUGCACCUUACACAAUUCCAGCACAUCAGGAGUGACAGAUCAGUGAUUACAAAGCAUAUCUCGGAGACGUCUUACAUUCGUAUAGUGCUGGCUUCAUUAAGGCAUGGUUUUACAAAGGCUGUAAAAUCCCAGAGCAAUAAACAUUUGUUUGUAUCAAAGUAA